GGGAGGCAGUGUAGGUGUCCCCAUCUCCAUUGUGUUUUUCUGUAUCUGUCCGCUUUAAAGGACCAUAGAGAAGGGGGCAAACACCCGGUCAUCUCUAUCUGAACCAGGAGCCAUGGUGAGGCUUCGCCCUCUCCCCAGAGGAGAGAAUGCCGCUUCCCCCAAGCCAGGAGGCAGCUUGGAGAGGGGGCUGCAGUCUCAGGAUGGGUGUGGGGCUGAGCCUGAGGGGAUUUGAAGGAUGUCCGUGCCCACGUGCCCUGGAAGGAGCCCCGAUCUCAGGCAUUGAGGACACGCCAGCACGCUCUCCCCACCCCCACCUGAUACCGGGCUCCCCCGCAUUCCCCAGUAGCCCCUCCCCCCAGCAGUCUCUCAGUCCCCCCAGUGCAGUUUCUGAAGGGAAUGAAGCCAAAGCUGGCCCUAGAGGAGGCCAGACCUGGGCAGUCCAAGGCCCUUUCCCAGCCUAAGGCUCCCCAUUGCCCCCUGUGGAGGAGGGGCUUCCCUGAGGCCACGGAAGUGCCCCGGAGCUCCUCUGAGCCCUCCCUCUCUUUCCCUCCCCUACAGGCGCACAAGCAGGAAGUCCCCCCACCUUGGGGUUCCCACCCCCUGAAGGACCCCCGUGUGGCCCCAGCAGAGAGCCCGCAGCCAGAGGGAAUGGCCCCCGGGACCCCGAGGCCCCCCUCCCAGGGGUCAAUAACCUUCAAGGAUGUGGCUAUGGACUUCACUCAGGAGGAGUGGUGCCUGUUGGACCAUUCUCAGAAAGAGCUAUACCUGGAAGUCAUGCUGGAGAAUGUGCAGAAUCUACUCUUCGUGGGGCUUCCAGUUCCUAGAGAUUUUAUCUCCUGUUUUCAGCAAGGGGAAGCACCAUGGCUGCUAGAGCAAAAAGACACAAGUUGCUCCUCUCCAGAAGCAGAGACUAAUUUUGAAAUGAAGGAGAUGUCUACCAAGCUGACCCUUUUUGUGGAAGAAUCUGGCUCCCAAAGAUUUGUGAAUGAGGGUCCCUAUGACUUCAUUUUGAGAGAAAUCUGUGAUUCUAAUAACAACGGAAAUAAAAAUCCAAAGAGUGACUGUGAAUUUGAUGAAACUGCAGAGAAAUUCAGCCAAUAUUCAGUUCUAAAUCCGUAUAUGAAAUUGACCUCAGGAAAUGACUGUUGUCAAGAUAGUGAAUUCAGCAAAUACUUUCUUGAAGAAGUAGGACUUGUUCAGUUGCCUGAGAAACCUCCUGUAAUGACCAUGUAUCAAUGUAACCUAGGGGGAAUGGCCUUUGACUGGAGUAUAGACCUCAUUGGACCGCCAAAAAGUAAACAUGUAGAGAUGGUUUCUGUGAGUAAUAAAGAUGGGAGAGCUUUCAGUCAGAUCUCUGAGCUUGGUUCACAUCAAAUAAUCCACUGUGGAGAGAAACCUUAUGAAUGUAAACAAUGUGGAAAGACUUUUACACAGAGGUGCAAUCUUGCUAUACAUCAGAGAAUCCAUACUGGAGAGAAACCUUAUGAAUGUAAACACUGUGGAAAGGCUUUCACACAGAGGAGCCAUCUUGCUGCACAUCAGAGAAUCCACACUGGAGAGAAACCUUAUGAAUGUAAACUCUGUGGAAAGGCUUUUACAAUGAGGGGCAAUCUUGUUGCACAUCAGAGAGUCCACACUGGAGAGAAACCUUAUGAAUGUAGACACUGUGGAAAGGCUUUCAAACAGAGUGGCAGUCUUGCUAAACAUCAGAUAAUCCAUACUGGAGAGAAACCAUAUAAAUGUGAACGCUGUGGAAAGGCUUUCACACGGAGGGGUCAUCUUGCUACACAUCAGAGAAUCCACACUGGAGAGAAACCUUAUGAAUGUAAACAAUGUGGAAAGGCUUUUAUAGAGAGGGGCUCUCUUGCUACACAUCAGAGAAUCCACACUGGAGAGAAACCUUAUGAAUGUAAACACUGUGGAAAGUCUUUUACUCGGAGGUGUGAUCUUGCUGCACAUCAUACAAUCCACACUGGAGUGAAACCUUAUGAAUGUAAACACUGUGGAAAGGCUUUCACACUGAGGAGUAAUCUUGCUGCACAUCAUAGAAUCCACACUGGAGAGAAACCUUAUGAAUGUAAACAAUGUGGAAAAGGCUUCACGCUGAGGAGUAAUCUUGCUGCACAUCAGAGAGUUCACACUGGAGAGAAACCUUAUGAAUGUAAAAAAUGUGGAAAGGCUUUCACACAGAGUUCAGGUCUUGCUGCACAUCAGAAGAUCCACACUGGAGAGAAACCUUAUGAAUAUAAACGUUGUGGAAAGACUUUUACAAUGAGGAGUAAUCUUGCUCAGCAUCAGAGCAUUGACAUAGGAGAGAAACUUAACCAGUUUAGGUUGGCUUUCACAUGAAACUCCACAGUUGCUUCAUGUCAGAAAAUCUUCCCUGGAGGGAAACCUCAUUAGUGAGACUGAGUUUAUAGUUGCCACUUUUAGAUUGUUUAACUUAAGAGAAUCCACAUUAGAGAAAACUUUGGGAAUAUGAUCAGUGUGUUAAGGCUUUCAUGUAGCAAUCAUCUCUUAUUCUCAACCUAGAAUUGCUUUUGUAUAAAAAUCUUUAUUACUGUCAUGAAUGAUGUCGGACAUUGAAAUGAAGAGUCCAGAGCUUAUUUAGUAGGUCAAAAUGUCAUCUGAACAGACUAGUUCCAGAUGGAUUCUCUGUAGGAAUACUGUCAGUGAGAGAUCAUCUCUUCAUAUCAAUGGAUUUAUAGUGUAGAAAAACCUAAUGAAUGUGCUCAAGUUGUAUGUGUUUUCCUCAGGAGGAUGGUGAACACUAUUAUUUAGAGAAAUGUAAAUUCUAAUAAGUCUGAGCAACCACCCACAUCAAUUCCACAGAAGGAACAACAUGGGAAAACAUUUUGUAGGAUUACACAGGGAAAAUCUAUAAUGAGAUUGCUUAACAGCUCUUGCGCAUGGGGGGGAAUCCAAGACUAAAAUUUUUUUUAAUGUUAGAUAUUAUUUUUACACAUAAUUAUUGUAAAUAAAUAAAAUA